CUCAGUUUAUUGAAGCGAUGAUGGCGCGGUAUUUUUCUUCUAUUUCUCCUAUCGUUGGGGAGUCUUCUUGUGUUCUGUUUAUUAUGAUGUUGUACUGUGGAAAUAGCGUUAUCGCCGAUGCAAUUUUUACGAAUUCGUGGGCGGUAAAAGUUCGUGGCAGCCAACAAGUAGCCGAGAUGUUGGCCCAUAAAUACGGUUUUUCUUACGACAAACAUGUGUUCCAAGACUAUCAUUUGUUCAAAAAACCAGAAUUGGUGAAAAUGCUUGGAAAGAAUGGAUUAUCAUCAGAAGUUGAUGCAAAGUUAUCAAAAGAGCCGAAGAUUGAGUGGUAUAUGCAGCAGAAGGAACAAACAUAUAGACUGCUCUCAAGAAAGUUUAAUGAUCCUUUGUUUAAUCUACAGUGGUACAUUGAGAGACCUAACAACCCCCGAGAGCCAACAUACAAUAUCAUGUCUGUUUGGAAGGCAGGUUAUACUGGUAAAGGAAUACUGGUGGCAGUGGUUGAUGAUGGAGUUGAUGGCAGUCAUCCUGAUCUCCAAGAAAACUAUAAUUUAUCAGCAAGUUAUGAUUAUGUGCAAGGGACAGCAGUUCAGUUGAAGAGUAGUGUAAAAGGUCAUGGCAACAGAUGUGCUGGAAUCAUAGCUGGAGUUGCAGGAAAUAAUCUUUGUGGAGUGGGAUUGGCAUACAAUGCUAAAAUUGCAGGUAUUCGCCUCUUUGAUGGUAUAGGAAAGACGAUUGAUGCAACCGAAGCCAAGGCAUUAGUUCACGAACUGAGAAGCGUCGACAUUUACUCCAACAGCUGGGGGCCUCAUAGCUGGGGUAUGGAAGUCGAGGGUCCAGGGCCUUUGGCUAAAGAGGCUCUUAAAUAUGGUGUAGACAAGGGUCGUGAUGGCCUGGGUGCCAUCUACACGUUUGCAGUUGGAAAUGGCGGCAAUUCAGACAGCUGUGCAUACAAUGGUUAUGUGAAUAGUAUUUACACGAUCACUAUUAAUAGUGUGAACAAAGAUGGCACCAAACCAGAAUACGCAGAGGAAUGCGCCGGAAUUUUGGCCACCACCUACAGUAAAGAGAGUGGAGAUCAGUCAGGAAGUAUUGUAACCGUGGAUGAAAAGGGAGGAUGUACGCAAGAUUUUGGGGGGACGUCAGCGGCUAACGCCAUGGCUUCCGGACUAAUUGCACUGACUUUGCAAGCAAACCCCAAAUUAACCUGGCGUGACGUACAACAUAUCAUAGUUCACAGUGCAAGACGAGAGCCACUCAAGCAAGGAAACUGGAAGAAGAACAACGCGGGUUUUUUUUUCAGCACUUACUAUGGGUUUGGACUUAUGGACGUUAGCAGAAUGGUCAGCCUAGCAAAGAACUGGAAAACAGUACCUCGGCUGCAUACAUGCAAAAUUAAAGGCACGGAUACGAACAAGCGUAUCCCUGGGACAGUUUCAGAAACAGUGAGGAACUGCCCUAUAACAUUCCUGGAACACGUCCAGAUAAAAGUAGAUCUUGAUUUUCAUUACCGAGGGGACUUGUCUCUAAAAUUGAAGGCUCCGAGUGGCACAUCAUCUCAACUGACGAAGUAUCGUCCACUUGAUCAAUUUGAGGAGAAGAAAAACUUGACUGACUGGGUGAUAGCAACUCUUGUUCACUGGGGAGAAAGUUCUAUGGGGACCUGGGAGCUUGAAAUUUCAGAAUUGGAUCAAAGAAAGCACAAAAGUACAAAAAGUACUGGCACUCUUCAUAGCUGGUCCUUGAUUUUGUAUGGAACGUCAGACGCCCAUUCGGUUCCGACGAUCCUCACAAGUCGCCCAAUGGAACCAACAGGAACGGUUUCUUCUACCAAACAUCAUUCUCGUACUAAUGACAAAGACAAAGACGGUACCAGUAAAAAAAACCUCACGGUGGUGGUAGUGGUGGUGGUGGUGGUGGUUCUGAUAGGGGCAGCUGGAGGAACGAUGGUGUACAAAGUCAGGUCUAUUUUGAUUGAGAGAAAAAAAGGCAAAGUGAAGAUUGAGGCGACUGAACUAUAUAUAACAACGGUAAACAUAGGAGGUGACACUGGCAAUAAAGGGUUUGAUAGAAAAAUCGAUGGACCAAGUGGAGACGUAAGAGAUACAGCUGUUACUGAGAAAGAAACUAUUCGGUACAUGACUACAGUGGAAAGCGGUGAUGGUAGAAUUAUGUUGUAACUGAGACCUUAACUGCUGCAAGAGUCAACAAAAGAGGAAAUUGAUCUUGUCUUUUGCUUAACAGCUGUUAAGUCUUUUUGAGAGAAACUCGGACCCACAUGUAAAAUCUAAUGAGACCAUUUUAAAGCGUGUUUUUUGUGAUAGGUUGAGAGGAGCAGCCGAUGUUUUUUUUUUUUUUUCAGUUGAUACAGAUUCCUAUUUUUGAUUAUUUCAGACUUCUUUAAGACUUGACUACGGAAACCAUGGUUCGUACAAUCUUGAAAAGUCCUUGAAUUUGGUUAAGUCCUUGAAAAGUACUUGAUUUCUUUAGUAGGUCAUGAAAAGUCCUUGAA